AUGGAAGCGCGGGAUUACCAUGACCAGCUGAGAAUGAUCAUGAAACAUCCCCAGGGACCUGGGGAGAAGGCUCACUUCCUUGAGUACUUUUCAGUUUUGUCGACAGUCCUGAGUGCAGAGCAGGUGCUCAGUAGCUUGAUGAGGGACCUCAGCCCGAGGUGUAGGAGGUCCGAGAAGGGGGCUCCCUCCUCGACUCGGGUUCCCAGUGCCCGCCCUGCUCCCCCUCCCGCAGACUGCCUGGGCUCCCACUUCACCUGGCUGCAGGCCGUCUUCAGCAACUUCCCCGCGCUGCUGCAGUUCGUGAGCGGUAUGAAGUGUGUGGCUGGGCUCUGCCCCCGCGACUUCGAAGACUACGGCUGCGCCUGCAGGUUCGAGAUGGAAGGGCUGCCCGUGGACGAGUCUGACAGCUGCUGCUUCCAGCACCGCCGCUGCUACGAGGAGGCCGCUGACAUGGACUGUCUCCAAGACCCCGCCAAGCUCAGCACAGACGUCAACUGCGUCAGCAGGAAGAUCACGUGUGAGUCCAGGGACACUUGUGAACGCCUGCUGUGUACCUGUGACAAGGCUGCCAUCGAGUGCUUGGCUCAAUCCAGUAUCAACUCUUCCCUGAACCUUCUGGACACCUCCUUCUGUCUGGCUCAGCCUCCGGAGACAACCAGCAAAGAGCUGAUGACCCUUCUGCCCAGAGUGGUUCCUGUGGAGCCCACAGACACCAGCCUGACGGCCCUCUCAGGAGAAGAACCAGGCCAAGACCGGGAAGAUCCAGAAGCCGAGAGGGCCACACCGCCUCCAGGAUCAGCAGAGAUUGUUGCCACAGCCAGAAGUGUAACCAUUGUCCCCGCUGGCAUGAAGUCCUUAGGGUUGGCUGUGUCAUCCAUCAAAAGUGGUCCUGAGGAAACAUCUGGAAAAGCCUGUGACAGGUUCACCUUCCUGCACCUGGGAAGUGAGGACAACACGUGGGUGAUGCCACAGCUGGGAGAGAUGCUCUUUUGUCUGACAUCCCGGUGCCCAGAGGAAUUUGAAUCUUACGGAUGUUAUUGUGGCCAAGAAGGACGAGGUGAACCAAGGGAUGCUCUGGACAGGUGCUGUUUCUCCCAUCACUGCUGCCUGGAGCAGGUGAGAAGGCUGGGCUGUCUGCUCGAGAGGCUUUCUCAGUCGCCGGUGCUGUGCGUGGAUGGCGCACCCAAGUGUGUGGGGCAGAGCUUGUGCGCGAAGCUGCUUUGUGCCUGUGACCAGACGGUGGCUGAGUGCAUGGCCUCCGCCGUCUUUAACCAAAGCCUCAAGUCAUCAGGGAGACAAGAGUGCCAGGGCCACCAGCUAUCCUGCGAGGACGGCACGGGCGGAGGGCCUUCAGCUCCCUCCCUCGGCUCCAGCUCCGAAGAGAACAGCGAGGAAGCCACACCCCACACGGAGGGCUUGAGAAGAACCAGAAUAUUUCUGGGGAAGUCACUUGGUCCCAGGGGGACCAGGCCACACCAUGGUCCCAGAUAGAUCCCCAGAGAAAAUGACAAGCACGCCCUGUAGUUCUGUCUCUCCCAUUCCCUUAACCUCCCCGGGCUCCGUCUCCUCUCUCCUCUGUCCUCCUCUGAGCAGAGGCUCAAAGGGAAGAGAGGGAGCGAGACUGUCAGCUCACAUUCACAAGCGUAUCUGGAGAAGGCACACUUCCUGUAGUGCACUAUGGAAACUCAAUAAAUAUGCCCAUCAACGUUUCUUUGUUUUGCUUUGUUUUUAAGAAAUGUUGUAGAUACUGGUGCAUGGGUAGAUUGCAAAGGUGAGAUGACAGAGACAAUGAAGGGGAAAAAAAUCUCUCUUCUCCCCAAUCAUGGAAAGCUAUUUUUUCCUCUAUUACAAAAAAAAGAUAGAGG